AUGGAUGAAUAUAAAUACAAUAUAGAUACCAUAACAAUUAAUAAUUUUAUGUUCUUCACCAGGAAAUUUGAUUCUGAUGAUUUUUUUAAAAAAAAUAGUAAAAGAAAAGAUUUAAAUUUGAUUAAUUUAGAAACACUAGGUAAAAUUAAUAAUCAUAAAUGGUCACAAACCAUCAAUAUUAACUCUGAUAAAUUUAAUAAAAUUAUUGAUAAAGAUAUUCACAAUCCAGAUUCAAUUAAUGAUCAAUCAGAAUCAAAACCAAUUGAAUAUAUUCUUAAAAUUAUAGAUCCUGAAUUUUUCUGGUUAAAUUUCAUUAAAUAUGGAAUGAAAAAAGGUGAAUCACUUGAACCACGUUUAGGCUAUGAUAUAGCUUGUAAAUCUUACUUAAAUGAACUUGUCGCCUUCAGAGACAUUGGUAAUUAUAACAAGAGUUGUAUUGAUGAGGAACAAAUGAUCAAUAUUCCAACAUUAGUUAAUUUUGGAAUUAUUAAUAUGGAAAAUCCAACACAUAGAGUUAAAGAUCAAGAAUCGAUUUAUGAACCAGAUGAAGCUAAAAUUCCUAAUCAUGUAUUCUAUUUCUUGAUGGAGAAAAUCCACAAAACAAAUCAUACUAUUACUCAAAACCAUAUCAAAUCAUUAAAACAACAAAUACACAAUCUGAAUCAUAUUGUUAACAUACGACAUAAUGAUAUUAGAGGUGAUAAUAUCAUAAUAUCAGGUGAAAAGGCUUAUUUAAUAGAUUUUGGAAAUUGUGUGUUGUGUAGAUCCAAGGGGAAGCCAAUGUAUCAGAAAAUUGAAAGAUCAAAUGAUUUGAAAAUGCUUGAAGAUUAUAUUGAUAGAAUUAAUGAAAAGAUUGGUAAUUGA